AAAUUUUAUAUUUAACUAUUUUUCACGUAAGAGUAUUGAUUAUUUCCGAUCAAGCUCAUAGUAUUGGACUAAAAAUAUUCUGAAUAUACUUAUUCACAUAAAUUUUGCGUAAUUGGCAUGGAUACUGCUUUUUUAAAUUCUAUUUGUAAUAAGGAACCCUUUGACCUGAAAAUUCCGACUAUUUAUAAAUUCUGGGACCUAGUAUACGUAUGUGUAAUUUAAAGUCGUGAGACCUGCGCCGAAGAGGGACUAACUGAACGAUUAUUUGCGUGCACCAAAGUGUUAAUUAUUUUUGAUCAAUGACCCCUUUUUAUUUUUAGUCUUACAUCUAUGCUUCUCUUCGCUGCAGUAAUUUAAUAUAAUUAGAGAUUAGUAUGGCCCUCUUGGGUGCACAAUUGGUCAUCACACUGAUUAUGGUCAGUGUCAUUCAGAAAUUGGGUUCUCAUUAUUCAUUUGCACAAUGGAUUCUAUGUUCAACUGGACUGAUUCGUUAUCUGUAUCCAACAGACCAAGAGCUCAGAUCAUUAGCUGGUGUACCAAGAGAAAAACCAAAAAAGGGUAAACACAUGGAAAAUGGAAAGAUAGGGGAUACUUUUCAUGUUCCCAGAAAUCUUAAUAUUACCCUAGAGAGUGCCAAAGUCAUGCCACUUGACGUAGUACAUUUAAAAUUUUAUACUGAAUAUCAAUGGUUGCUAGACUUUUCUGUUUACGCUGGGCUGGUUUAUAUUCUCACAGAAGUAUACAAUCAUUUAUAUCCUAUCAAAGAUGAAAUCAACCUUAGCAUACUCUGGUGUGCCCUAGUUUUGGGAUUUGCACUUAAAAUGUUGCUUACCCUCUGGGUACAAUAUUUCAAAGGAGAAGAAAGUGUAGGCGAGAGAUCCACGUGCAUUGUUUCAGGGUUCGCGUACCUUCUUGUUGCUAUGAUGAUUUUAAUAAUUGAUGAAAAUACUCUUGAAAUAGGUUUAGAAAAAGCCUAUACAAGCUUCAAUCAUAGUGCUUCUCUCUUUUUAGACAAUCAAGGUCUAUCUUCAACGGGUCCUGCAUCUAAGAUAGUACUGAAGUUCUUCCUUGCUGUGUGGUGCGGACUACUUGGGUCUCUCUUUACAUUCCCGGGUUUAAGAAUGUCUAAAAUGCACUGGGACACUUUAAAAUACUAUAAAGACAAUAAGCUAUUGUUAUUAUUGCUGAAUAUCUCAUACGCUUCUCCACUUCUAUUAGUCAUUUUAUGGAUAAAACCUAUAAGUAGAGACUACUUGACUGCUAGAAUAUUCACUGGAAUGACUGGACCACUUAUGACGGUAGCAGCAUUUGAAAGUAUGAGACUCGUAGCAGUCGUAAUAGCUGUUUUACUAAAGUUGGCAUUAAUGCCUUUAUACCUACAAUCCUAUUUAAAUCUAGCUACUCAAAGAUUGGAGAACCAAAAGAAAGAAGCUGGUCGAAUUACAAAUAUAGAAUUGCAAAAAAAGAUUGCUGCAGUAUUCUAUUAUCUGUGUGUCGUUACAUUACAGUUUAUAGCACCAAUAAUAAUAUGUCUGUUCUUCACCCUCAUGUAUAAAACAUUAGGUGGAUACACAUGGGAAGGUCUAUACAAAGAUAUAUUAAUUGAGGAAUGUCCAGCAGACAAACCACCAAAAAUUUUACCAACAAUGACUCCUGAUAGUAAUGAAAAAACAGUCAUUCAAACAGCUCAAGAAUUUCACCUUGCCCUUGAUUCUCUCAAACAAAUUUUUACUACAGAUGUGUUCAGGGGUCUACUGGGGUUCGCAACAUGGUGGAGUUGCUUUACAUGGUUCUCUACGACUGCUAUGGGAAUGGUAUAUCAGUCAUACUUUUCAGCUGCAUAAAGAUCCUGAUGGCACACAAGAAAAAAAAGACUAAAUCUUCAGCCACAAUUUCAUCUUCGUUUGUAACAAUUCUACCAGAAUAUCAUCCCAUUCAUCAUUAUGUAAAGCAAUCUUUUACUUAGCAAAACAUAUAAGCACAAAAAAGUUUGUAAAGUACAAGAAAUCUGAUAGUUGUGAACCACUAUGUGAAAGUAUAGUUAGUAUUUUUUAAGUAAUAAACCUCAAUUUGCUUAAAUACA